GACAGACGGCUGCGGUGGAACAGCGGAGGCUUCUCGUCCUCACUCCCUCCGUUCUUCCCACUCUCCUUCCCUUUCCCGGCGGUCCUGGCCGCUCAGCGGGACAGGCGGGCGGCAGCCAGGAGUGAAUCCCACCUCCCGGUUCCUCUCUUCCCCAGGCAUGGCGCUGACUGUGGAUGUGGUGGGGCCAGCACCCUGGGGCUUCCGCAUUAGCGGAGGCAGAGAUUUCCACACGCCCAUCAUCGUGACCAAGGUAACAGAGCGGGGCAAGGCUGAGGCAGCCGAUCUCCGGCCUGGCGACAUCAUUGUAGCCAUCAACGGAGAGAGUGCAGAGAGAAUGCUCCACGCUGAGGCCCAGAGCAAAAUCCGACAGAGUGCCUCCCCCCUGCGACUGCAGCUGGACCGGUCCCAUCCUGCCUCUCCUGGGCAGACCAACGGAGAGGGCUCCUUGGAAGUGCUGGCAGCUAGAUUCCAGGGCUCCCUGAGAACACACCAUGACAGCCAGUCCUCCUGGAGAUCUGCCUGUUUCAGCCCAGCCUCCCUCAGUCCCAGGCCAGGCAGCCCUUUCUCCACUCCACCCCCCACCAGUCCACUUGCUGCUUCUGGAGAGGAUGUAAUUGGCCGUAGUUUUCAGAGUCUGACACACUCUUCAGGCCUUGCUGCUACUCACCACUUGUCCUACCCGGACCACCCCACCAGCCGACAGGCCGGCCACAGCAGCCCAAACGACUCAGCAGUGAGGGUGCUGCCACAUUCCCCAGGACCUCGGUCCUCCAGCCCCAGGUUCAGCUCCUUCGAUCUGGAAGAAGACUCGGAGGUGUUCAAGAUGCUGCAGGAGAACCGCCAGGGACGAACCGCCCCAAGGCAGUCCAGUUCCUUUCGGCUCUUGCAGGAAGCCUUGGAGGCUGAGGAGAGAGGUGGCACACCUGCUUUUGUGCCCAGCUCACUGAGUCCCCAGGCCUCCUUGCCCACCUCCAAGGCCUCGGCCACCCCACCCAAGCUCCACACCUGUGAGAAGUGCAAUGUCAACAUCUCGAACCAGGCCGUGCGCAUCCAGGAGGGGAGGUACCGACACCCUGGCUGCUACACCUGUGCGGACUGUGGGCUGAACCUGAAGAUGCGCGGUCACUUCUGGGUGGGCGAUGAGCUGUACUGUGAGAAGCACGCCCGCCAGCGCUACUCAGUGCCUGGCACUCUGAGCUCUCGGGCCUGAGUCUCAAGACGCUCAGACAGGACCGACCACACUGAGAGCAAACAGGGAGGGGUGAUGGCGGGUGACGGCUCUUACAGGAACUAAGGUUGUCCUUGCUGGGUGAAACCAAGGGCUGGGACUAGUCUCAGGCUGCAAGUGCUGAGGACAAUUCCACUCUCUGGCCUGCCUCCUACAGGCCAGUUGCUGCACUGCAGCCUGAAAUGGCCAUUCUGUUGGACAGGUUUGUGUAUAGGGUUGGGCACGGAUACAAGUAUCUAGCAGGGCAAGGUGGGCCUGAGGUUAAUGAUAUUC